CCUCUCACCCUUUCCCUCUCUCUCUCUCUCUCUCUCAGCCCAGCGCUCGCUGCAUCCACUGUCGUUUCUAACGGGGGAUAAUACAGCGCCACCCGUACUGCUCCCUCAACUCUGGCCACAAAAUAAAGGCAGCAGACGGUGACAGCAUCAGCAUUAGCAACAGGAGGCUCCUCUCUGAUCUCCUCCUCCUCCCCUUUUGUCUAAGACUCCUCCUCUCUCUGUCUCUCUCUCUCUCUCUCUCUCUCCCAGAGACUCCCUUGUUCCCUCCAGAUGAGAUCUUCUCCACAUCCGGACGGACAGAUCGGGAGCUGACAGCAUGCUGUGCCAGUGAAACAACCAUAGGAAGAACAAAAAGGAAUCUCCACCGACUGAAGACGUUCUUUGAACUAUCUCAACUACGUGCAACUCCUGUGUAAAGAAGAAGAAGCAGCAUUGGAGGAGCCCCUAGCAGCAGGCACCGUUGAGUUAAAGCUUCUGCCUGGCUGCCCCAGCACCACCAUGGCUGAGAGUCGAAGGGAAGCCCUGGCAGCGGCCCCGAUGUCCACCACUGCCUCCACGGUCGGUGCCAACGCUACCGACAUCCCCGGCACCGGAUCCAGCGAGGACUUCUCCAAGCUCAAGAACAAGUUCAUGAACGAGCUCAACAAAAUCCCACUGCCAAAUUGGGCCAUCGUCUCCAUCGCCUUCGUGGCCGUGGUCCUGGUCCUCUCCUGCUGCUUCUGCAUCUGCAAGAAGUGUAUAUUCAAGAAGAAGAACAAGAAGAAGGGCAAAGACAAGGGCAAGAAUGCCAUCAACAUGAUGGACGUGAACGACGGUGCGAAAACCGAGGCCUUGAAGGAUGAGGAUGACGCUGAGACAGGCCUGACCGAUACGGAGAAAGAGCCCGAGCCCAAGGAGGAAGAGAAACUGGGCAAAUUACAGUUCAGCCUGGAUUACAAUUUCACCGAGAAUACGCUCAUAGUAGGGAUCAUUCAAGCAGCGGACCUACCAGCCAUGGACAUGGGCGGCACCUCGGACCCCUACGUCAAGGUCUACCUGCUACCUGACAAGAAGAAGAAGUUUGAGACCAAGGUCCACCGGAAGACCCUAAACCCCACCUUCAACGAGCAGUUCCAAUUCAAGGUGCCCUACGUCGAGCUGGGAGGCAAGACGCUGAUGAUGACGGUGUACGACUUUGACCGCUUCUCCAAGCACGACGCCAUCGGAGACGUGAAGCUGCCCAUGAACAAGAUUGACUUUAGUCACGUGACCGAGGAGUGGCGGGAUCUUGUGAGCGCCGAGAAGGAGGAGCAAGAGAAGCUGGGUGAUAUCUGCUUCUCCCUGCGAUACGUGCCCACCGCCGGCAAGCUGACCGUGGUCAUCCUGGAGGCUAAGAACCUGAAGAAGAUGGACGUGGGAGGCUUGUCAGGUGAGCAGAGCAGAGCUGAGGGCCACAACAGAUGCCCGAGGAACACAACAAGGAUGGCCAGGCAAGAUGAUUGACAGCCAGGAGGCCUA